AGCAGAAAUAUCUAAAUGAACAGCUCCAUUCUUCUUUUAUUUAUUGUCUUCGCUCCUUAUUUCCUACAACUAAAUAAACAGUUAUGAUUUUCCAAAUUGGUACGACACUGGGCCUCUGCUCUGGGUCUCAAGUUUCGAAGCUUUCGUAGGCCUAGGUUCUUGCUUAUAGCACAGUGCACACGUUAACAAGUCCGGAAAAAUCUGCAAUUUGCUCACUCUCAGAACCCACCCCCCAUCUAUAAAACUCUACCCGUCGCUAACAAUAGUUCCUCGCACUUGCUGGUAUUUUCUUUGCUACCCAUCUUAAUUAUCAUCUUCUUCUCUACCACGCAUAUAUCUGUUAUACCCUCUCUCAAAUGGGUGAGGAUUUAUCAUCUACGUUGGUUGUGAGAGAGUUCGACCUGAAUAAAGACCGAGAGAGAGUAGAAGCCGUUGAAAGGUCGUGUGAGGUUGGACCCAGCGGCAAGCUUUCUCUCUUCACCGACAUGCUCGGCGACCCAAUUUGCAGGGUCCGCCAUUCACCUGCUUUUCUAAUGCUGGUAGCGGAGAUUGGUGGAGAAUUAGUAGGAAUGAUAAGAGGUUGCAUUAAAACCGUGACAUGCGGAAAAAGGCUCUCCAGAAACGGAAAACACAACAACACUAACGCCAAACACGUCCCAGUGUAUACCAAAGUCGCAUAUAUACUAGGCCUUCGUGUUUCUCCUAAUCGACGUAGAAUGGGAAUAGGAUUAAAGCUAGUGCGUAAAAUGGAGACUUGGUUCAGGGAUAAUGGAACAGAAUACUCCUACAUGACAACGGAAAAGAACAAUUUGGCGUCUGUUAAACUCUUCACCGAUAAAUGCGGGUAUUCAAAGUUUCGUAACCCCUCCAUCCUUGUCAACCCCGUAUUUGCCCAUCCAGCAAGGGUAUCCCCAAAGGUGAGAAUCAUAAGUCUUUCCCCUUCCGAGGCCGAGGUACUCUACCGACACCAUUUUGCCACGACAGAGUUUUUUCCACGCGACGUUGACUCUGUUCUGAACAACAAGUUGAACCUAGGGACGUUUCUGGCUGUCCCAAAUGAGUCCUACAAGUCUGACAUAUGGCUCGGCCCAGAUCUUUUUCUGUCGGACCCACCACAUUCCUGGGCCAUGGUGAGCGUGUGGAACUCAAAGGAAGUGUUCACGUUCGAGUUGCGUGGUGCGUCGCGCGUGAGCCGCACGCUUGCUAAGACAACGCGGGUGGUGGACCGGGCCCUGCCCUGGCUGCGGUUACCAUCGAUGCCAGACCUGUUCAGGCCGUUCGGGUUUCACUUCAUGUACGGGUUGGGAGGGGAAGGCCCAGAGGGCGUGAAGAUGGUGAAGGCCCUGUGUGGGUUCGCGCACAACCUCGCCAUGGAAAAAGGGUGCAGGGUGUUGGCCACGGAAGUGUCCCCAAACGAGCCCUUAAGGUUUGGGAUACCCCACUGGAAGAUGCUGUCGGGUGAAGAUUUAUGGUGUAUGAAGCGGUUGGGCGAGGAUUACAGCGACGGUUCCGUUGGUGACUGGACCAAAUCUCAACCCGGCAUGUCCAUUUUUGUUGACCCGAGAGAGGUCUAACAAGUCAACGUCCACCUCGCCUUUUUGGUUCUUUUGUCUUUUUAUUUUCCUCUCUCUUUCUCUAAUUAUGUGAAUACUUUUAAAGUAUAUUAUCUAGUUAGGGUCGUACUUGGAGUUGGGAAUGAAGAGAAUGAGGAAUAUGUGAAUUUAUUUUUGUUUUGAUAAGUUGAAGAAAUAUCCAUAUAUCCUUAUCCCCCUUACCUUUUGUUGUUACGAAUUAGCUUUGUCGUAAAUGGAUGUGGCUUUUCA